CUGCCUUUCCUAGCUUCACAACGGCUGCUAACAGGCAGCAUGGACGACAUGGAGAAAUGGCCAGAAAUAGAGAAAGCUGCGACAGAGAAGAGGCGUGAACUGGUUUUACAGGGUCCUGUUGUCGACAAGAGAAUAUCCUCUAAUGGGGGACUCGCCUCGUCUAUCUAUUCCCUCACACUGCUGAAUUAUCUGGAGGUUAGCCAGUGCCCGAAUUUGACAGAGAUCCACGAGGACAUCAAACAUCUGACCAACCUCCAGAGCCUCAUCCUGUGCAGGAACAAACUCGUCUCCAUCCCGAAUGUCGUCGGCAGCCUCAAGUCCCUGAAGGUCCUGGACCUCUCAGUCAACAACCUCAGGGUUUUACCGGAGGGAAUAGUCCAGUUAAGAGAGCUAAACACUCUCAACGUGAGCUGCAACAGCCUGGAGGUCCUGCCUGAGGGGCUGAGCCAGUGCACCAAGCUCUCCACCAUCAACAUCUCCAAGAAUCACAUCACCGGGUUCCCCGCCGAUUUCUACUCCGAGCGACUGGAUCUCCUCAGCACCCUGGUGGCCUCUGACAACUCCAUCGAAGAGCUGAGUGGAGAUAUUCACAAGCUAGCCGCGCUGAAGGUACUGGAUCUCUCUCACAACAAGCUUAGUGAGAUCCCCUCUGACCUGAGCGACUGCUCCAAGCUAAAGGAGAUCAACUUCAAAGGCAACAAGUUGAACGACAAGCGACUGGAGAAGAUGGUCAACGGUUGCCAAACCAAGUCCAUCCUCGAGUACCUCAGAGGAAAAGCAAGAGGAAGACAGGGAGAGGAUGGAGGUGAUGCAGACGGUGGACGCAACGCAGACAAGAAAAAAAGGCAGCAACAGAGGAAGAAGAAGGAGAAGGUGGUAGACGAACAGGAGGAGGUGGACGAAUUGAGCAAGAUGGUGGUGAGGAUCCUCCACAUUUCAGAUGCUCCCACAGCACUCACGGUCAAAGUGACUGCAGAGGUUAAGGACGUUCGACCAUACUUGGUGUGCUGUGUGGUCAGAGGCAUGAACCUAAAGUCUGGGAAUUCUCUCAAACGGUUCCUCAUGGCUCAGACAAAGCUUCACGAUGAUUUGUGCGGAAAAAGGACCAUGGCGACCAUUGCAACUCAUGAUGUGCAGCUUCUCAAAGUUCCGCUGGUGUAUCAGGUCAAACCACCCACCCAGCUAAAGAUUGUUCCACUCGGUCGGAAGGAGGUGACGGCAGUCGAGCUGAUAAGACAGCUUCACCUAGAGGCUGAAGAACUGAGGAAGCAGAAGAAAAGGCAGAAUGUAACUGGCCUCCACAAAUACCUGCAGCUUUUGCAAGGAAAAGCACUCUAUCCCUGUGUAGUCGACGCAGAGGGUCAUGUGAUCUCAUUCCCACCUAUUACCAACAGUGAGAAAACCAAGAUCAAGAAGACUACCAAAGAGUUGUUCUUGGAGGUGACGAGUGCGACCAGCCUGCAGACCUGUAAAGACGUCAUGGAUGCUCUGAUUGUGAAAAUGGCAGAGUUGAACAAGUUCACGGCAGAGCAUCAGGAGGAGGCGGGCUCAGACAGGGAAGGGGACGGUCCGCCAGAGCCGGCAACCAGCAGUGAGACCUCCAGCGAACUGAUCAUCCAGCAGGUCCGUACCGUCGACCAAGACGGGAACCUGAAGGUCGUCUACCCGUCAAAGACCGACCUCUCCAAAGACAUCAGCAAUUUGACGAUCAUUUGGUAGUCUUGCUGUGGUUAACCUGUGAUGUUUAUACUCAUUCAUUCAAAUGCUACAUGAGGUCAUUUAACAAAUUAAUAUUGUGGGAUAUAACAGCAAAGUUUUGACAACGUGCAAAAAAAUGUACAUCCUUUUUCUUCAGGGAGCACAAAAAACCUGAUCCUGUAGGAUUUUUUUUGUUAUCAAAACAACAUCCUGAAAGUGAUGCCUGUUGAUGAAUUUUAACAUUUCUAAUUCUUACCUGUAUCGCUAGAAGAUUUGUAUUUCUAUUCAUCAACUUAAAGUAUUUGCAUUUUCCCUUUAAGCAGCAGCAAACGAUGUCUACAUGAGGCUUAAUAAACUUAACUUCUGUUCUCAUUCAUUAAAUUUCAUAUUCCACACACAGUG